UAAUAGUGAAAACAUUAAUUUAAAAAAUAUUUAUUUAAAAUGUAUUUAUCAAUAAUUCAAUAUAAUAAAUCAAAAAUUUUUAAAAAUAUUAUAUUAGCCUCAUUCUCACUAUUAAUUCUGGCUACAAUUAUUCAAAAUAAUCAAGUUAAUUCUUUAACAAUUCCAGACAAACAAUUGAAAUGGGUGUUCAAACCUGUACCAGCGGAUAUUUCAAUUUUAUCAAAUGAUGAAUUUAACGGAAUUAUUAUUCCUCAAAGGAGGACUCACAAUCCAAAUAAAAGAAUGGCAGAAGUUGGGAAACGAGAAAGAAUUAUUUUGGUAUUUUUUAAAUAUUUAUUGACGGAUAUUUCUUAUUUAAUUAUUUUAAUUGAAAUAUUUUUUUUAUUUAAACAGGAUUCAUUGGGUGGAAAUGAUUUUCUUAUCAAACGAUCUGGCGUUUAG